AGUUGGAUCGUCGGCUCGAUUGCAUCUCUUCUUUUUGCCUCCGCCAAGCAAAUCACUGCGAAACUCGCGAUCUUCUGGGCCUCGAAUGGUUUUUCCAGAGUUGUUGAAAAUUGCAAAUUCCACCAUCUGUGAGUGAUCGCCUUUGCAGUGCCACACUAAUUGAUCCCACUUGUGACUGGUGGAGAGAUUUGAUGAAAACCCAGUGAACUUCGCCUGGAAAAGUGUAUACACGUAUUUUUCCAGCGAUCGCCAGAAUUGAUCAGAGACCAUAGCGACAAAAUUGGCACAUGUUGUAGAACAAAUAAACACCAAAUCCUCACAAAAUGCACAUAUGGAAGGUCUUAGUUUUACGGUCGUGCAGAGAAGAAGAUCAUGAGGAAAACAAACAGACAAGGCGCUCAGUCACAUUUUCAAUCGAGUGACAAACAGAAGUUUAGUCGAUUCUCUCGCUGAUUAUUUUGUGAAACAACAAAUUGAGCAAGUUCAGAUCUUGAGGAAGGACGAGAGAAUGAAGUGUCUUAAAAUGUGAUUUGCCAGUGAAAAUGUCCUGAGGAAUAGUGAAAAAUGAAGAAAAUCAUCGAUAAUGGUUAGUGCCAAAUAAAUGAGCGCGCAAUGGACAAUUAGUGCAAUAAUUGAGUGUCUUGGACGAAUUAAGCGGCCAAAUACAGAGAGGAAGUGCAAGCAAUAAAGCAACGCGAUAAAUAACUGUAAGAUGCCACAAUUUGGGAUUUGCGGAAUAAUUCUCUUGCUCACUGUGGGAACAUCUCUUGAAUUGGAAUAUGAACAUGAAGGCAUUUACUCAAAUGGAAUUGCUAAUGGAAAGUUAGUGAUUCCCAGAAAAGUCGAUCAGCACGGCAACCAUGUCUCGCACUUAUUGGAUCACCAUCACGAUCAUGAGGCCAAUGAGACCACUCUGCACUAUCACUUGGAGAUUGAUAACGAAACGCUGCAUUUAGAAUUAGAGCCUUCGCAUGAGUCCUUCAUUGCUCCCCUGAUGGUCGUGGAGCGCCACAAGAGGGACACGAAGGUGCGCAAGAAGUACAAACACAGCAACGCCAGUUCCUGCUUCUACCAAGGGCAGAUACGGGGACACCAUCGGUCCAAAGUGGCCCUUUCGUCGUGCAACGGCAUCACUGGAUUCGUGGCCUCGAAGGACAAGGGUUUCUACUGGGUGGAGCCCUCGAAGAGACACAAGCCUCACCAUCGCCUGGGCCAUCCUCAUGUCGUGUUUAAGGCACAGAAUGUCAAUCCGCACAGCGCCUCGGUGCCGCCCAAGAAGCGCCGAAAGCACAGGCGCCGCCGGACCAGCACGUGCGGCACAAAGGAGCCCAAGAGGAAGGCUGAGACGCAAAUCGAAUGGCAGCCGCAGGGAAAGGUGCUCGUUCAGGGCGGUCGAAGGGCGAGGAAUCGCAGCCCGAGACGGCCAAAGCGCUCCGUGAGCACACCGCAUCACGUGGAAGCCCUGGUGGUGGCGGAUUCCACGAUGAUGGCCUUCCACGAGCACGGAGACGUGCAGACGUACCUUCUGACCAUUAUGAACAUGGUGUCGUCGCUGUACAAGGAUCACACCAUUGGCAAUCUCGUGCACAUCGUCGUGGUGAAGAUCCUCAUGCUGGACGACGAGGAAGCUGAAGAGGAGCUGAACGUGUCGCACGCAGCAGAAGCUACGCUGUCCAACUUCUGUCGUUGGCAGCGGAAGCUCAAUCCUAGAGACGACCAGGAUCCCCACCACCACGAUGUGGCCAUUCUCGUGACCAGAAAGGACAUCUGUUCCCACAGUGGCUGCAUGACGCUGGGGGUCGCAAAUGUUGGCGGCAUGUGCAGAAUGGACAAGUCAUGUAGUGUCAAUGAAGACAAUGGAAUCACAUUAGCGCACACGAUCACCCAUGAAUUGGGUCACAAUUUCGGCAUGUAUCACGAUACCGAGAAGACUGGCUGCGGCCACCGCAUUGGCUCCAUUCUACAUGUUAUGACACCCAGUUUCGAAGCGGACACAACACACGUGUCAUGGUCAAAUUGUAGUCGUCGCGAUAUUACACACUUUCUGGAUCAAGGAUUGGGAAAAUGCCUAGACGACACCCCCACGACAGAAGAACUGGAGGACAAGUACGAGUAUCCCGAUCUUCCGCCCGGGGCCAUGUACAAUGCGGACCUGCAGUGUCGCCUGCAGUUCAAUACAACCGACGAAACCGUGCGCGUCUGCUCGCAAAUGGAUGAGAUCUGCUCUCAGCUGUGGUGCCAAGUGGACGGCUCCUGCAUCACGCAGUUGCGAGCCGCCGCGCCGGGAACGACGUGUGGCAAGCACAAGUGGUGCCAAGAGCAGAAGUGCGUGCUGAUGGAGGAUCUGCCGCGGCCCGUGGACGGCGGCUGGGGCAACUGGAGUGACUGGACUGAAUGCUCGCGCGCGUGCGGAGCCGGAGUCUCAAUCCAGAUGCGAGAGUGCAACAAUCCGCACCCGUCGAACGGCGGGAGCUUCUGCAUUGGCGAGAGGACACGCUACAAGACCUGCAAUCUUGAGGUGUGUCCAGACGAUGAGCCCAGCUUCCGCGCUGUCCAGUGCUCCAAGUUCAACAAUGAGACUUUUCGCGGGAAGAACUACACUUGGCUGCCUUUCUUCGACACGCAGGAGCCGUGCAAGCUGUACUGCACUGAUACUGACGACACUGUGAUAGUGCCUUGGGGAGCGUCAGCCGCUGACGGCACGCCGUGCAAUUUGGGCACAAACGACAUGUGCAUUUCCGGCAUCUGCAGGAAAGUGGGAUGCGAUUGGGUGGUGGAUUCCGAGACGAUUGAGGAUCAGUGCGGCGUUUGCGGAGGCGACGGCGAGACGUGUACUGUCAUCAAGGGCGACUUCAACAAGAGGCUCAAUAUCUCGGAAGGAUACUACCAGAUCACCACGAUCCCAGCCUGGACAAGGAACAUCCAUGUGGAGGAAGUGGGCCCGUCCAAGAACUACCUGAGCAUCGGACAAGCAGGAACAGACAAGUUUUACCUCAACGGAGACAGGCUCAUUUACUUCUCAGGUGAGUACGAUAUUGCUGGCGCGAAGGGCUUGUACGACAGGAAUGUGGAAAAAGACAAGGAGAUCCUCAACAUUCCGGGGCCCAUCAAGGAGGACAUCAUACUGUACGUCCUGAUGAAGGGCAAGCACAAGAACGUGGGUCUCAAGUAUGAAUACACGCUGCCAUCCAAUGCCACGGCGCCGCCAAUCUUCCGCUGGAAGCUGGGCGACUGGACAGCUUGUUCUGCGACCUGCGGCGGAGGAGUGCACUUCAGAUUCCCUAUUUGCUAUCAAGAGAACAAAGGAAUUGUGGAUGAGGAACUGUGCUGGUCCAAUGCCGAUGAUCCGCGCCCAAAUCAGAUCAAAGAAGUGUGCAACGAGGACAUGUGUCCGGCGCAUUGGUGGGUCGGACCGUGGCAACUCUGUCCCGUGACGUGCGUGAAGCGCGGCGAUCCGAACCCCGUCAAGCGGCGCUCCAUAAUGUGCGUGAACGAGUACGAAAUGGCGCUUCCGGACGCCAGCUGCCACGAGAGCGAGCGUCCGGCCGACACGAUGCCCUGCAGUCAGGUGAUUCCCGUCUGCAGUGAGUCAGCCGAGGAGUUGGAGGGCGAGAAAGUGACGCCCGAGGAGACGAGCAAUAAUGUAAUUUAGUUCUUAGGCAUAUUUCUGUGUUAUAUUAACAUUCUCUUCGCGAGCUGAAAACUCUCUACUCCAUUACCUGAACGCCCAGCCUCUUGUAGACGUACAACUCCGUAGGACUGCCCAUGAAAAUUCUCAUAGAGUGAAGUAAUAAAAUUUAUAUUAUAGAUUCAACACUUAAUACAUAAUAAAAUUAUAAAUUUUCUCAAUCAAAUUACACAAUUUUUCAUCUCUUUUUCUUUCUAAUUUCUAACUCUAACGUCUGUCUCUAAUUACAUUGCUAUUGAUUUUUUUUUUCUAUCUUUAUCAUGUUAAUUUAUAAGUGUGCUUCUAUGGAUAAAUGUAGAUUUUUCACACAAAUACUUUUAGUAGCUUUACAUUUACUGCAUUUAAGGUGAGACACAAACAGGUGGAAAUAAAACAGGAUGAGAAGCAGGAUGCAUUUUCCUUAAUCUGAUUAUUUUUUAAAUGAGAAAAUUAAUAAUCAAUGUGUUAAAUUGUUUCAAUGUCUUAAUCUCUAAAGUAGCGCAGAAGGAAGUAUGAGUUUUUAUGCAUAGAACUCGCGAUCUGUCUCUUGAUUUAUUGCGUAAAAAAAUCACAUGAGUUAAUCUUCUGUUACAUUGUAAUAUGAAAAAUAUCCCUACACAAUAUAAACGCCCUUUCCUUCCUACAACUUUUAUAAUCAUGCAAAUCCUCACCUUAUCGUCAAUUAGUAUUAUGAAAAUGUUAUCAAUUUGUUGACAAUUGAAAACGACACAAAUAAGUAAUAUAGAGUAAAUAAUCUUAUGCUAAUCAUGAUUAAAUAAAUUAUUAUGACACAAUUUAAAUCUCCAUGAGAUCCACACGAAAUUUUUUUUUGUAUAAAUGAGUUUUGUAAUGAAAGGUUUACUAUAUUAGACAUACAUAUACUUUGUGUAAUUGUACUUAAAAUGGUAAAAUAAAACAUUCUUUCAUAAAAAAAA